UCUAGCAAACAUUUUCUCUUCCCUCCCCCUCUCUCUGCUCCUCCUCCUUUCUCUCUCUGUUCGUUUACAACCAUUUCGCUCGAUUUCUCCUCAGCGGCAGUCUAUAUAGAGAGCGGCAGACCUCUGGUUUGGAUCGGAGAGUCUUCCUCUCUUUCUGGGAUUUCUCUCAGAACAAGUUGUAGGGAAGAGAUCAUAGGCUAUAGGGUGUUAGUGAGUUACUGUUUUAGUUUUAUUAAUGGCACACGGUUGAACGGAAAAUUCCUGAGGAAGAAGCUUGGGAUUUGGGUUGCUUUCGGGUCUCGGUAAUCCAGUACGAAAAUUGCAGCUGUUUCUAGAGUUUCCUUGUCUGAUUCGGGUGGAGGGCGCGAAUUUGUUGGUUCACGAACCCUAAGGCUCAGUUGGGGUUGAAAGUGGACGUCUUUUGGGACUUCGAUAUGUUUAUUUGUGUUUUCAAUGGAGGAAUUGAUCUGGAGGUGGAAUGGAGGUGAUGGGUGGUUGAACCAGUCGUUUUUAUGAGUUUUUGAGUUUGAGAUCUGGACGGGAUAAAGUCAGCGUUUUCCUUGUACUCUUCAUGUCGGGAGCGCCAAAGCUCCGUUCUAUGAAUGUGACGGAGUCAGACUCCCGGCCGGUUCUUGGGCCAACGGGAAACAAAACAAGGUUGACGUCAGUGUCCCGGAAGCCAGCUUCGAAGCCGCUAAGGGAAGCGGAAAGAGCGCAGUCGGGCCUGAAGGAGGAGAAGAAAGAGGUGUCUAUGGUGACGGAUUCUCAGUCUUUCUCACCUCCAAUGAGUCCUGUGGCCGUUCCGAGGAGGCAGAAACUUCUGCUACAAUCUAGCUUUUCUCUGAAUGCUUCUUGCUCUUCGGACGCAUCUACUGAUUCCUUCUGCAGUCGUGCUUCGACGGGAAGAAUUGGCAGGCUAAAUUUUACCUCUAAGCGAAGACAGAGUAUUCCCAAACCUGAGAAGAUUGUGUCGAGAGAGGAGAUUGUGGCUGAUGGUGCUGUGGUGGCAGCAAUGGAGACCUUGCAGAUGAAGAAGAGGUGUGCUUGGGUAACACCUAACACUGAUUCAGCUUAUGUGACCUUUCAUGAUGAAGAGUGGGGUGUUCCUGUCCAUGAUGAUAAGAAGCUUUUUGAAUUGCUUGUACUAUCCGGUGCUUUAGCCGAAUUUACUUGGCCAGCGAUCCUUAAUAAAAGGCAAAUAUUCAGGGAAAUCUUCAUGAACUUUGAUCCUGUGCUGGUUUCUAAAAUGAACGGUAAGAAGCUAAUAGCUCAAGGAAGCAUUGCGAGCUCCCUUCUUUCUGAGACAAAACUGAGAGCUGUCAUCGAAAAUGGACAACUGAUUCUCAAGAUUAUAGAGGAGUUUGGAUCAUUUGAUAAUUACUGUUGGAGCUUUGUGAACCACAAGCCAAUCGCGAGCAGAUUUCGAUACCCUCGGCAGAUCCCGGUGAAGACCCCAAAGGCAGAUUCAAUCAGCAAGGACCUCGUAAGGAGAGGUUUUCGCGGUGUCGGGCCGACGGUCAUGUAUUCAUUCAUGCAGGCCGCAGGUUUAACCAACGAUCACCUCAUCAACUGCUUCAGGUUUGAAGAAUGCUGUGAAUCUGUUAGUCUCAAAGCUGAAGCUUCCAGUGAGAGAUUGAAUCCUGGAGAAGAACUGAAGGACGAUAUUGUUUUGGAUCUUGUCAGAGAUGCUGAAGCAUACAGAAGGACGUUGAAGAAUUGUCUGGUUCUAAAGAAGAAGAGAAGAUUAUGUGAUGAAGCUGGUUUCUGCUUUACUCUUUUCAAUGAGUCUUGGAUUAUGGGAAGCCCCUUGAAGGAAAUUAUGAGAACCAAUGAAUAUAGUUCUGAGGAGAAUCUCUGAAUUUAAUCUCAGCUACAAAUCUGCCAGAAUGAAUUCUUCUGGAGAGAGCCUGUUGCAAUGAUCUCCAAACACUAAUGAAAAUAUUUUGAUGCUGGAGAUCAUUAAUCUGUCGAAAUUAAAAUAUGAAGAUUCUUACUUGUAAACAUAUAAGAUCUGAAGCUACAGUUUGUUGAUAAUUUCCAUCAUCAGCUUUUUUGGUGAAUAGGGGAAGUAAGUCGUUGAAGUACAUAUCCCAUAUUCUUCUGCUAACAUUUACUGAAGCAGCAGGAGGAUGCAAGAUCUUUGGAAGGAUAAACUGGAUUAGUUUUCUUAAUUACAGAUGAUUAGUGUAAUGAUUAAGGUUAGAGAGGGAUAAUUACAUUUUGAAACCUGUGAGGAGGAGCUAAUGGAGGUUGUGUAUAAUCUGGGAAGAAUGGAAGCUCUUCGGGGUUCUGAUACCGUCCAAACUGUACAAAUUUUAAUAGGAUUGACCAUUUCAAUAUCUCUGUUAUAUAUUUAUUUAUUGACAAUUUCAAUCAAGCUGGUCAACCAGCUAA